UGCGCAUCUGGCGGCCUUAUCAUACACGUCCACGCGCAGAAUGCCGCCGUCACCAUCACCAAGACUGGCGAUGCCGCCUUGUUCGAGGCUUUCGAGCUGUCUGCAACAAACGAGAAUGUCAUGUCGACGGCAGGCCGCCUCGUUCGCGCCUUUCCUGGCUGCGCAGUUUCAGUCAAGACCGAUGUCUUUCGAGAUCCCGAUUUUCAGAUCACCCUCGCCAACACACUAGCCAAAAUGAGCAUUCAGCCUGUCCCUGGCAUGCAACCUCAAUCUCGGAAAGACGGAGAAAAGCAUGACGAAGCGCGGGAUACCACACACCCAGGCAUUGUCACCGAACUGCUCCUCGCUGGUUUUCUUCGCUCCGUUGGGACCGCAGCAUCAGUGGUCCCCAUCCUGAAGCACACUCGAGAUGAUGUGCUCUGGAAGAAAGCCGAGGGACCGUGGCGGCGAUCACCGAUAUGGCUCCUAAUUCGAGUCACCAUGCAGCUGGCGCUCUCCCGAGACUUUCCAGACGGCAACUUGCUCUACAAGGAGUGCGUGGUCUACAUCCACAACUUCAUUCUGAAGCAAGCCAUUUCUCAGUCACUGCACAGCAAUAUGCUGUACUGUAUGAGCGCCAAGAUCGUACGUCGAUUGCAGAAAUUGCCAAACCAACCUCCCGCCCUUAUGCACGCAAGAGAAGAAAUUCAGGACACCCUAAGCUCGUCUCACAACGCAAUGCAACAACGCAUGAAGUCAGCCCAAGCCACGAAAGACUUGAAUUUGUCAAAGCUGUCUUCGUUGAACUUCGCCCAAGAUGUUGUGAUGGCUCUACCGGAGAUUGAUGAGUACAUUCGCAUGAUGCAGUCACGGCCUUCAAGCAGCCGACCACCGUCCUUUGACCCACCUUCAAGGAUCGUCAAAUAUGAGCCGACUGAGCUCCCUUCUCUUGCCAGUGCCGCUUUCGACGACUCGGAUUAUGGCAUCUUCAAUCUUCAAGGCUUCGAGCAAUGGGUGGAGAAGUAUUUGUCGACAUGGAUCAGCGCCGAACUUUCUGUCGAUGCAGAUGGUAGUCAAUGCUCGCGCCUCAAAGUAUUGAUGAAGCAGUACCACGAUCAUGCGAGUCGCCAGUACCGCGGUAAUCCUGAGGGAUCUUCAAUCAUGCUCCUGACUAUGGUGGAGCUCUGGGCUGCUUGCGACAUGGCGGCGACUGCGUGCUGCAAACUACUCCGCCGCUACAGCACAUCCGCACCGCACAAGAUCUUGCACAACCUCCUUCUACCACGCAAGAGUCACAUGAAUCGGCUGCGUGAUGUAGAGACCUACAUGAUCUCGCGUUCCGAGCCUACGCUGAUCCCGAUAACUACGCUGUUCAGCUGUAGUCGUGCAGACAGCUUCGCCGCACAAUACUACGAUUCAUCGCCCGAGCACAAGAAGACCUUGGCGGCAAUCGAGGCUAAGGCAGCACGAGAGCGCAAAGAGAAGCUUGCCGAGCUCGAACGCCAGAAACAAGAAUACAGACGCCUGAUGGAUCUGCACGAGUCAGUGGCAGGAUGCGAGUAUGUCGAAGAGUGUGUUGACCGUCUCAAUGACGAUUGGAAGACUGUGCAUAAACCCGGCUGCCAGAAGUGUAGCUACAGCGCCAGUGCCAAAGCGUUGAAAAUCAAGGUGCACGAGUGGCCACUUCCAAGCGACACAACCAAGGCGAAGGCGGUCGUAUUCGAGCUGCAGCUCCCUGAGUGGUUCGCUCAUUGGCGCGACGCUCUCAUGUACCUCCUGAUGGAUGUUUUCAAGGGCGAUUACGUGGCCGACGGUCCGCGUACGUCUUAUGCAUUGGCUCAGCACAAGCAAUUGUCGGGGUACUACGUGCACGGCUUCUCUCGACGGAUGGAUCUGCUUUCGGAGAACAAGCCGUACGUUGUCACCCAUUACGGCACCAAGGAUGUCGGCAAGACCAACAAGACCGAGGUUUGUGGCCCCAACGGGUGUGAUUAUCGGUACUUCGAUACCGCUCUUGACCGCUUCUUCACUCCCUGUGAUUUCCGCGGCAAGACUGAGAGCAUGUGUACAUACCAGCUUCCAGGCCAUAUGGCGGCGGCCCAGAAGUACAUGUUCCGACCUGCCGCAUCGCCUUCCGGGCCAGAUGCCAAUGUCAUACUUGCAAGCCUCCAUGAGUGCCCUCAAUCCAUGACGGUGGAGGAAUACAGAGAUCUGUGCACCCUUCCGCUGGGCCACCCGAUCCAAUGGCAGAACAUGCUCGAGCAGAUUGGCAUGGCCACAGUCGAUUUUCGGAAACCGGAGACCCUGCUCGUGCUCUUCCAGUGCAUUUACCAGUCUGGCCCUCCUUCUGGCGGUGAUCUUCGUGAAUCACACGAAGUGUUGAGCGAUAUCACAUUUGCAGCUGCCCUGGUGCAGAACCUUGAGAGUACGCUUGAGAGAAUCAAAGAGAACUGGGAAUCCUCCCACGCGUUGUGCGUUUUCACCGCGAUGGCCAGUCGUGUCUUAUCUGCGAGCGACUGCCCGAAGAUCCAGAAGUCCUGCGUGGAAUUCCUUCACAAAGCUCGCGUGGUCAGUUUCGGCUGGCUUCACAUACUUCGCCAUAAAGCCCAGCAGGCCAUUGACCAGGUGGACCGAACUCUCUUCGUUGCAAAGGCCACGCAAGUUGCUCUCAUCUGUGGCAUCACGUUCGAUAUUGACCCUUCAUAUUUGGUCAUCGUCAUGGAAGCAAAUUCAAAUGCAUCUAUCCUUUGGCAGUGCUCAAUGGCAUUUCGAGAGGGCAGAAACACAGCGCCAAGCAAAUUGGACAGCCUUCUGACGCUUCGAUUUCAGAGCGUCCUGCAUAGAUGUCAUUCCAUGACUUCGCCACCCGGUCGUGCCGGGCUGGACGAUGCAGUCUCAGGAUCGUGGUCCGCCUAUACACCGUGUGAGCCAUGGCACCGCCUUGGCAACGGUGCCGAGUACUGGAUGAGCACGAUCACGACGGGUGGUGGCACCGGCGCAGAGAUGAAAGUUCACUUCAACACUCUCACCGGUGAACUGCUGGUGGAUGGCGUCCCCGUCGGAGGUGCUCCAAGGGACUAUGAGAAUAAGGCGCUGUUCAAGACUCUCUUCGGCCACGCUGCCAUCGAAGUCAUGCCCACCACUCUCUCCGGGAUGCAAUACUCGGUCAAGAAGGCUGUCGAGGGAAGCAACAUCUUCCUGGGCCUGGGGCAUGACCCUCACUCGCAGGGCAAGGACCUCUUGGUACAGGCACAUGUAGAUGGCAAGGUGUUUGAGACCAUUCCUUCGAGACUCUUCCGCGGCAAGUUUCCCCGAUCUUUCACGGAUGGCUUUGUUCACUGGUACGACACCUCAUCUGGAACCAUUCACUUCCGCCCAAUCGAGCAGGCUCUAAUGUCUGUGUCGUCUGCGAUUUGGACAUUGGCAGAUACCAACGGGAAGUGGCGAUUGGGCAAGAACGGAACUACUCUGAUCGCUAUGAGCAGCGCUACCUCGAAAUCCAUGGGCGUCGUCUUCGCCUCUUUGACAGUUCUGGACCGGAUACAUUGCUUGCUUGACUCGGCUGGUACAGAAUUGAGGGUUGAGCUCCACCUGCCGAGCGUCAAACUCGGAUUCAGCAUUGCCCGAGGCACGACAACGUUACGGUCAAGAGAAUACCGUGGCAUGCUUGUCGACGAGAGCCAGUCUGUGGGCACGUUCCUUGGUCUGGAGAACAAGCUGAUGCUCAAACAUUUCAAGACUGGCAGCCGUUCGGUCAUCGUGCCGCAAGGCACUGUGUUGUAUGACAAGGCGGGUCAGCAUGUGCGUGUACGUGUUGAUCCCGAGUCAACAGUCAAGGUGCAUUUGCUGGUUGUGGACAAGAGUCUUGGACGUUUAAUUGACAACGGAAGUCUUGACUGCAGACUGUAUGUUGCAUAUCUCCAUGCACUCACUUCAUACUGCCUACCGGACUUCCUCACGCACAAGACUGGCACAGAGCAGGCGAUCACCAUCCUCCAGUCAGCCGCUGUGCGAUCAUUUGAUCAGCUGACACAAGCGCAAGUCGAUCUGCUUACGCUGAUCUCUAAGCUCUCUCCUGGACGCGAAUACUAUCCUCCUCACAAGCGAUCUAUGCAGACUUUGGACUGGGAUGCCAACAUCGGGUUCCUUUCGCAACACCCAGCUCUACAAGAGGCAGUGCAGACCAUCUUCGCACAAUGGGACCGAUUGAAGAUCUUCUUUCCCGAAUCCAGCGUGCAGGUUCCGAGACCACCGAAGAUCAACGUCCAGCUGCUGCACCGCGAUCGUAUUCGCACGGCUACUUUUCGAGUGUCAAUGUUCGGUGCCGAGUACCAUACCACUGUGGAGGAUGCAAUGUACUCGGGUCGAGACCAGGAUCAAGAGUCUCAGCGAGCGAGCGAUGCUUUCAUCAUGGCGAAGCGAGUCGGAUCCGGAUCAGACACGCUCCACUGGGAGUCGACAACGGCGAGCGGACUGUGGGCAACGUUCCAAAAGCAGAACUACAUCUUCGGCCCCGAGCAUGCAGUGGCGUGGAGUGAGCUUCGUUACGAUGCAGAUUGGACCGAGGAUAACGAAACUUGGAUCUGCCAAAACUUCACCGCGCUGCACAAAGUGCUCAGUGACCAGGCUGCGUGCCGCCCUCAUACCUUCGAUCUUGUCAUGUGGCUUUCUACCAUGGCCUGGUCAGAUUUAGAACGCCCUUUACUCCAACUUGUGGGGCUUUUGUUGACACAGGGCAGCAACAUUCCGCUGACAAUCGGUCCCGAUAGUUCCGGCACGUUACAGCCAGUGCGUGGGAACAUGUUGGAUGACUACGAGCUUCGCAGAGAGGUCAACGCCAACAAGCGGGCGUUACACGAAUGUCCUGAAUUCCAGAUCGCUAGAGCCGCGAACCAGACAAAGACUGCCCACACCAACCAACGCCGGCAGAAAUACGAUUCGAACAUCAGCAAGAACGCUAGCCGAUUUGUCGACGCUAUUCAAAUGCAGUGGAGAUGCGAGAUACCAUCGGCUCCUGACAUUGCGGACGUGUCUACGUACUUCAAUGUUGCUGCUGCCAUGGUCUCCAUCAAAGCCAAGUUCAAGACCUGGUACCAUAACUACAUCUUUUCCCAGUAUCUUCAGAAGCUGGAAGAUGUCAUUUCUGGAUUGAGCAAGAACACGAUUGUUGUACCUGGCAAGGUGGCAAUGAUGCAAGCUGCGCAGACAGUCGCCCGCAAAGGUUACAUCUCGACUCAUGAUCUAUUCUCCCGAUUCUCACCUCUGAUGGCUCAGGGCCGCCCAGUUCUACGUUCCUCCGACCAGACGACGACCAGAGACCUGGAAUCCGCAACUUUCAAUAGACUCGAAGCUCUGCUUCAGCAGCUCGAAGCAUCAACGAAUGGUUCCAAGUACGAGACCGAGUACGUCAAGGACUUGCGGAGCAGCAAGACGUGUCUGGAGACUGUUGGAGAUGGCCUCUUACAGUUUCAUGUCACAUUGCCAAUGCUCAGCGAGUAUCACGAGCUUUGCAAGGCUUAUGCCAGCUCCCUGUACGAGGACCUUUCAGCUGCUGUAACGCUGGUAGCCGGGCAUACAGGGGCGAACAUCUUUCAACAUUGGCCGCGAGUCUGCCCAAUGCUGUUUCUUGAGCAGUUGAAUCACCUGCAUUGGCAGAACCUGCCCCAACCGUGGAAGUCCUGCAUUGUGAAGUACGCGUGCUCGCUCGGCUCUCUCCAGCAUGCGGAAAGAAUGCUUGCGGUCGCCGACUCUGCUGUCGACCUGGCGAGAGAACUUCAGAACCCUGGUCACCAGAACUGGCGGCCUCAAGACCACCCCGAUUCACUGCUGAUGGAAGUGGAGAGCGGCAUCCUUAUCCGAGACGUUCAGGAGCAGAUCGCUGGCGAAAUGAGAAGUCCGCCAGAUGGUCGAAACUCUGUCAUGCAGCUCAACAUGGGCGAAGGAAAGUCAUCCGUCAUUGUGCCUAUGGUGGCCGCAGCGCUCGCAGACGGCUCUCAACUCGUGAGAGUCAUUGUCGCCAAGCCGCAGUCAAAGCAAAUGGCGGAGAUGUUGAAGGCAAAGCUAGGCGGCCUUCUUGGUCGUCGCGUGUACUACCUGUCCGUCUCACGCUCUCUGAAGCUGGACUUACCCGCCGCUCAAGCUGCGGACGCUCUGGCUCGUGAAUGCAUGGUUCAGGGAGGUGUGCUUUUGGUUCAACCGGAGCAUCUGCUUUCAUUCAAGUUGAUGGCUCCAGAGUGCUACAUCACUGGCAAGGGCGAUGGUUCCGUUGGCGAGUCGCUCAUGCAGACCCAGGACUUCUUCCAUUCCUGCUCUCGGGAUAUUGUCGACGAAAGCGAUGAGAACUUUAGCGUCAAGUUCGAGCUCAUCUAUACCAUGGGUGUUCAAGGUCCUAUUGAGAUGGCACCGGAGCGCUGGGACCUCCUACAACAAGUCUUGCAGCUGACGCGAAAGCUCGCGCCACAAGUUCUGGCACAGCAUCCCCACUCGGUCGAACUUGAUAGCCAUGCCGUUGGCAGCUUUCCACGUUUGCGCAUCUUGAGCACUGAGGCCGCUGAUCUUUUAAUUCAGCUCAUCGCAGGACACAUCUGCUCCUCUGGACUGCCCAGUCUUGCCAUUAUCGCCAGACAGCCCGGGUCGGUUCGUAGCGCUGUGCUCACGUACUUGACCAAGCUUGAGCUUGACAAGACAGAGGUGGAUGCUGUCCACGCCGCCAGCAAUGGAGGUUUCUUGACGGACUCCACUAAGUCCACAUUGCUACUCUUGAGAGGGCUACUUGCCUGUGGCGUGCUCCGCUUCGUGUUCAGUCAGAAGCGCUGGAGAGUCAACUACGGCAACGCAAGCAGGGUCCCAGCAACGAAGCUAUCAGUUCCGUAUCGGGCAAAGGAUAGCCCCAGCACUAGAGCCGAGUUCAGCCAUCCAGACGUUGUUAUAGCUCUCACGUCGCUAUGUCACUACUACCAAGGCCUGUGCGACGACGAUCUCUUCACUGCGCUCGGUCACCUGACCAAGUCUGAUCAGGCUGGGUCUGAGUUUCGGGCGUGGGUCGAGGAUGCACCCGAUCUCCCCCUUGCCUUCCGCCAGAUCGAAGGCAUCAAUCUCAAGGACCGUCCUCAGUGUAUAAUUGAGGUCUUCCCACAUCUACGAUAUGCCAAGAAUGUGGUCGAUUACUUCCUUGGACAUGUCGUCUUUCCCAAGGAGAUGAAGGAAUUUCCACAAAAGCUCUCCGCCUCCGGCUGGGACAUAGGAGUCGCCAAGGAUAGGCCUACAACGGGAUUCAGCGGCACCAAUGACUCCCGCGCCCUGCUACCGUUAGAUGUCCACCAUCUCGAUCUCCAGAGUCAAAAGCACACGAACGCGCUUGUGCUGGAUCAUCUCCUCCAGCCUGCCAAUUCAGUGAGCAUCAUGCCACACAUCGGGAGCACGAUCUCGAACGAUGUUGAUCGCAUUCUCGACACAGUGAUGAGCCUCAAGCCGAUGCCCGAAGUCAUACUUGAUGUCGGGGCACAGAUCUUGGACGGCAACCGAAGCGUUGCUCGCGCGUGGUUGCAAUUGUUUGGUCAAGAGAAGGAUGCUGCAGUGUACUGUAACGACGAGGAUGAGCUGACCGUUGUCGACCGUCAAGGUGUAACCGAGGCGCUCCAGACAUCUCCUUUUGCCUCUCGACUGGAUCGUGCUAUUAUCUUCCUCGACGAAGCCCACACUCGCGGUAUCGAUCUCAAGCUGCCAAAGACCUAUCGCGCGGCAGUCACACUGGGCGCAGGCCUGACGAAAGACAGACUGGUCCAAGCGUGCAUGAGGCUGAGGCAGCUUGGAAAAGGUCAGACUGUGGUAUUUUUGGUUUCUGAAGAGAUCAAGAUCAAGAUCAUGGAGUGCACUUCCAAGCCCGCGACAACAUCAAUCACGGUCCCGGACGUCCUUCACUGGAGCAUCGCCGAGCAGUACAACGAAGCUCGUCGUUCGAUGCCACUUUGGGCGGUGCAAGGUCAGCGCUUCAUCAAGCAGAGCAAGAUCUGGAAUGAGGCGGUCAAGGACGGAGCCACCGUUCUGAGCAAAGACGAGGCCGAGAAGUUCCUCGAGGAAGAAGCGCAGACGGUGCAAGACCGCUACGAGCCCCGUCUCGAUCGCACCAACACAGUGCUCACUGAACUGGACGCUGACGAAGACCUUCGCUCCCAUGCCAUUGCUCACCGCUGCAGAAAGUUUGACGAACUUCAGUACAAUUCUAGCACACUGCAGGAAGAACAGGAGCGCGAACUUUCGCCAGAGAUCGAACAGGAGCGGGAGAUCCAGCGGCCACAUCCCGCGGACCCAGCGCUACAUGAAGUCCACGCCGACAUCAUCGCAUUUGCCCGUAGUGGCAAAUACUCGACCACGUCCAAGAAGUACAUGCCGGCAUUUCAAGCGCUGCGUGGGACAAGCGCUGCGAUGGAGUUCGAUAUUGAUCGUUUCGGGGGCAAGAAGGUCCUUGCGUCGGCAGACUUUGCUCGAACAGUGAAGCAGCCUUCGCAGAAGAAGUCGCUCGCCUCUGAUGCGUACCAGCGCCCGGUUCAGUGGAUAGUGUCGAGGCAUGCUUCAGGCACCAUUGACAUGUUACUGAUCAUCAGUCCUGUCGAGGCUUGUGCCGUCCUUGAUCACGUGAAGAACUCGAAGUGCACGGCGCUCCACUUGUACAAGCCGCGAUGCAACAUGGCAUACGACCCACAAGACGCUCUGGACUUCUACACGACGCCCAGCCAGGUCACACCUUUGGCUCUACCUCGUCAACUGGCAGUUCGGCUGAAUUUGUUCGCCGGUCAGCUGUACCUCAGCUCGUACGAUGACUAUUUGGCAACAUGCGAUUUCCUGGGACUUUCAGCAGAGGCGGCUCAGGACGGAUGGGAGAUUGCUGGAGAUGGAUUCAUCUUGAAGGAUGGGGAGGGUCGACGAGGAGGGAGUUCGGGACUGAGCAAGAGCCCGGUGGAAUUCAUGAAGGUUCUCAUGUCGAAGAUUCGGCGGAAUGGAGAGGGCAUCUCGAAGACUCACAUGGGUCGUAUUCUGGACGGCCAGUUGCUGACACGUGAGGACUUUGAG